AACAACUGCUAUUUCAUUUGUAAUAUAAAUGAAUUAAGUGCUCAUACUACAAAUGGAGUAUACGGCUCAGAAUUUGGAGUAUGCAGUGUCUGUUUUUUAUAAUGGAGAACAGGAAGUUAGAGCUCAAGCUCAUGCCUGGCUAACAGUGGCUCAGCGUGUACCACAGGCCUGGAACUUUGUGUGGGAAUUACUUCAACCUAACAAGGGAACAGAAAUACAGUUUUAUGCUGCUACAACUUUGCACACCAAAAUCCUACGUUGCUGGAAUGAGGUGCCCCCAGAGAGCUAUACAGAACUCAAGGAAAAAAUACUACAAUCAGUGAUUGCUUAUUCCAAAGGCCCGAAAAUAGUCACUAACAGAUUAUGUAUUAGUCUAGCAGCAUUUAUUCUGCAACAAGGAUCUGCAGAUGUCGCUGAAAUACUGAGACCACUGUCAACAGCUGAAAACACUUCACUAUUACUUGAAGUACUGACUGUGAUACCUGAGGAAUAUACCAGCAUGACUAUGGGAUCAGCUAUGCGUUCGAAGAAUCGCGCGGCAUUAAACCAAGCAUCUGGAAUGGUUCUGGAUGACAUGUUGAGAUACCUAGAAACAGUAUAUAACGAUUAUAACACCGCAUCGCCAAGUGAAGAGACUGUGCACGCGUGGACUUGCGCGGCGAACUGUGUGGCGAGCUGGCUGACGCUUGACGGUCAAGACCGGCUGGACAGCGCCACAACGCCGCCCCAACGCGCGCUCCUCUGCCGUGCGCUGCUCACCGUAGUACGCGUGCUCUGCAGAUGGAACGAGGCGAUGAGCGAUACGGCGCUCGAGGCGUGCGAGGCGUGCCUGUCAGCGGUGCGAGCGGCCGGCACGGUGGACUGGGGCAGGGACCCUGGCGCCGAGAGCGCACUCAUCGCCGACCUUGCCGCGCUGGGCGAACCGUUGCUAGAAGCCAACAACCAGCCGAACUCACUCAACGAGGAACUGCUUUCCGCGGUGAUCACAUGUUGCGUGGCUGUAAGCGAGUGCCACGCGCGGCGUUUAGUGGAAGCAGUGAAUAAUCCGGAGCGCGAACACUCUGAGGGUGUGUUGCGAAUGUUACAGCUUCUGCUGACCUCGCAGCUAGCGCCUGGACACUAUCCAAUACACGAAACAAGAUCCAACCUCAUCUUUGGGCUGUGGUACUCUUUGCAAGAUGAGAUAUUCAAUAUUUUGGAAAGCACGGAUAAAAUCCAUCCACAAUGGCACAAUUAUUUCGCGCAACUACUCCUAACGCUAGUGAAGAAGUCUGAAAUGCCAUCAGAGUCGGCGCUCUCAAAGGACGAUCAGGAGCUUCUGCGGUGCUAUAGACAGGAUAUCGCCGAUAUUGUGAUGUACUGCUUCGGCAUCGUAGGCGAAUGGUGUUGGACGUAUGUGGAAAGCGCGUUUACAGCAGCGGAGAGCGCUUUACAGCGUGAAUCAGCACUGCACGUGUUCCUCGCGUUAGCAGAUGCGGCGCCGUCGAACCGCGCGCCGCCAGCGAUUGUAGCGCUUUUGCAUCAUGCACUGGAACUGGUUGCUGACACUGAGAACCAAGACACGCGCGUUUUACACACCGCGCUCGAUUGCCUCGGCGGGUACGCGGCGUGGCUCAGUUCAGUGCAAAGUCCGCAGACCGCAGCGCUGGGGCAGAGGUGCAUGCGAGCGGCGGGCACGGCGCUGCUACGCUGUCCGGCCCCAGCGGCCCUCGCGCUUCGGAAGCUCUGCGUCAACUGCUCCGUGCCCGCCGCCGAGCUCGUAGCCGACAUCGUGCAAGUAGCGCAGUCCGGGAGUGGCACUGCGGAUGCUUGGACACGCCGGCAGUUGCUGAGCGCAGCGGGUGCGGCGCUGACGGCCUGCAACCCUGAUGAUGCGGAACCCUUGCUGACCAGCCUCGCGCACGGAUUGAGACAGAACCUCAAUACACAGGUGCGUUCGGGCGGCAAGUGCGGUGCUGCGGAGUGCGUAUCGCUGAUGGGCGCAUUGAGCCAGCGACCCGCGCUCGCCUGCAUUCUGUUUCGCGAAUUGCUGCCCGCGCUAACCCUUAUGCCCUCCAAACCAGAACUUGUACAGCCUAUGUUUCAAAUAGUUAAGAACACGGUUUCUGCACUAAUGGGCGAGUGUACCUCAAUAGGAGAAGACUUAGAAAAACUCAUCAUAGCAGGCUUUGAAACGGCGCCGUGUCCUGCUGGACUGGACGUUAUCAAAUUGGUGACAGUGUUUACUGUUGGGGAGUGGGAAGGUGCGUCACGCGUGGUGCGGGCCGGUGUCAUGGCCAGCGCACGCGCAGUGUCCCCCGUCAACUCAGCCUCCGCAGUCAUCGCCGCCCCCGCCUGCCCUGUUCCGGAUCUUGCGGAAGCUUUGUUCGCGGUACUUACCGCACUCACUCAGAAACAGCCUAUCGCCAUCGAUUGGAUCGAGGAUUUACUGCCCGAUUUAGUAGAUUUAGCGUGCACGUGUGUGCGGCUUUGGGAGGUGGGACCCGCGGGCGCAGCGUGUAGGUGGCUGGCCACGCUAGCACAGCGACGCGCCUCUACGCUCCAAGGACAAGCGCCCUCUCUCACGCACACCGUACUGCGUUGCAUUGGAGGAGCAACUCCUCGCAACCAGAUGGAGCCACUGGCGGAGUUACUGCUGGCGUUGAACCGUGCGCAGUGGGCGGGUGGUGGGUUGGGGGCGUGGCUGCGAGAGGCGUUGGCGCACGCGGGCUUCCCCACACCGCACGCGACCGAGGCGCACAAACAGAAGUUCAUCACGGCCGUGCUCAAAGAAAGGACCCGCAGGGUGCGAUUACUUGAAGCCGUGCAAGAAUUUUCUUUGGUGUGUCGCGGCUUGAUCGGAACAGAAUACGCCCGCCAGUCAAUAUCGUACAAACAGAUGGUGUCCUAAAAUAACUGCAGAACUUUUUGUUUUUGCCUUCUUGCAAGUGGCAUUCACAGCACUUCAGGGUGCCAGUAUUGUAUGAUAUUGUUAUUAGUAUAGAUGUGAUACCUGCGCUCUAUUUCUGCGAAGAACUCGCUUUUUUCCGUACCCUGUGGUAUAGUGUACUCUUAUUUUUUUUUUACUUGUCAGUAUAAAAGGUAGUUUUAAAAAUAACCACUCUUAAACUAGAAGGUGGUUGUGUAACAAGGUAAAAAAAAUCCGAUAAUAAGUGGCGUGCAGUGUUGGACCAGGGUAUAGGCAUUAGACAGGCAGGGGAUAUUUUAAAAUGGAAAAUUAUUAUAAAAAUAAGUUUAGGAUAUGCAGUGCUUUUAUGCAUGUAUGUAGCGCACGCCACUGCUGAUAUUGUUGAUGAACUUGUGUUGAAAAACGUUUACUGCAGUUUGAAGUCAAUCGUAAUAUUAAAUUUGACAAAAGCAAAUGGCAGCGUUGCUGUUAAAAAAUUAUUAUACCCGCAUGUAGCAGUUGACAUAACUUGGUGUUGAAUCCUAAAUAUGACUGUGUUAGUGAUAGUAUUUUAAAUUAGUUAAUUUAUUAUUCUAAUGUAAAAAUGAUUGUUUUAAGCGAAAUGGGGAAAAAUAGAUCUAAUUUUAAAUUCAAAACAAAUCAAGGCACUUAAUGUCUUAAUUAUAUUCUAAUGUAACUCUUCAAUCCAAGAUUAUAAAACUUACGUGUCAAAAUGCAUUUCGUGAUACAGGAGAACCCAGGACAGAAAUACAAAGAUGUAGAGAUCUAAAUCAGUCCAAGCAGUAAGACAACCUGGGAAUUUUUAUCUGGAUUCCCUCUGUCCCCUCUCUUUACAUGAGACGUAAUGAGGCUAAGCACGUUUUUAAGACCGAAGCGAUUAGAUAAAUGUGACUUCCUUGUGGGCCCCUAAAGCAGUUCGUCCCUUUAAAAGAAAUACAAAGAUCUCAAUGAAUCAAAUCACUUCGCUAUGAACAUUCUGGAAUCCUAUUGCUGGGUUUGACAUCCGUGAUUUAAAAACGCAACACAUGACUGGCGAAAAGGCAGCCAGUUUAGAUAAAAUUUUGUAAAUAUCUUUCAGUGUUUUCGACAUCCAACAUCCUUUAAAUUAUAGUUAACAUUUAGUAUUUGUAUAUACUAUAAA